AUGCUCGAAAGUAUUAUUAGAGAUGCCUUGAUGAAAUACUUUGAUAUAAACGAACUCCUCUCGGAAUGUCAGCACGGCUUUGUGAAUGGGAGAUCAUGUAUGACACAACUUCUGUGGGCAAUGGAGGAUUGGUCUAAGAUACUUGACGACAAUCGGCCUAUCGACAUUUUAUAUCUUGAUUUCAGAAAGGCGUUUGAUGCAGUUCCGCAUGAAAGACUACUUCUUAAGCUGGAAGCUCAUGGAAUUGUGAAUCCACUACUUUCCUGGAUUGAAGCCUUCCUCAAAGGUAGAAAGCAGAGAGUAGCUAUGAAUGGAGUGACAUCUACAUGGACUGCGGUGAAGAGCGGAAUUCCGCAAGGGAGCAUUCUUGGGCCUAUUCUGUUUGUCAUCUUCAUAAAUGACUUGCCCAACGAAGUUACCUCCAAGAUUCUACUCUUUGCUGAUGACACCAAAUUAUACAGAGAAGUAGGAAAUCAGGUAGACUCCUCAUCACUACAGACGGACCUGACAAAUCUCACCUUGUGGGCUGAGAAGUGGCAACUACCCUUCAACCAAAGCAAGUGUGCAGUUAUUCACCUGGGUAGAAACAACAGAAAGGACAAUUACCACAUGAAAGGAGAAGAAGUCAAGAUAUCCACUCUUGAAAAAGACCUGGGUGUACAAGUAGAUGUCGAACUUAAGUUCCAUGAACAUGUAUCUAUGGCAGUAAACAAAGCAUACCAACUCCUCGGAAUAAUACGACGUACCUUCACCAGGCUGGACACUAAGACUCUACCCCUCCUAUUCAAGACAUUAGUAAGACCACACUUGGAAUAUGGUAACAUCCUAUGGCACUCACGCUGGAAGGAAGAUGGCUACAAAGUUGAAAGGGUCCAGAGGAGAGCAACAAAGAUGAUGCCAGAGACGAGAGAACUUCCCUACACAGACAGGCUAAAGAUUUUAGACCUACACUCCUUGUACUAUAGGAGACGGAGAGGCGAUGCCAUUACAGUUUUCAAAAUACUAAAGGGCUUAGUAAAGCUGGACCCAAAAGACCAACCCGCCCGUGUCUGGUUGCUGGCCAGCAGUCCAUCAGCCGGAGCUGUGGAUGCUUGCGAACCGGAAUCCGGUGGCGUGUCUUCCUUUCAAAUGUUACAGGUGUUAGUCUCUCCAUCGAUAGCUGGUCGAGGAAGGGGUCGAGGGAGAGGGAAAGGUGGCUACCAGGUCACGUGUCCUCCAGGAUUCAAACGAGAAAAGGGUCUUGGAUGUAGAGAUGUCAAUGAAUGCCAAGUUGGAGGAGUAUCCCAAUGCGGACAGCUCUGUGUCAAUACUCUCGGGUCUUACCACUGCUCAUGUCUGCCGGGGUAUGCCAUUGGAGCAGACGAUUGGUCCUGUUCUGCUGGAGGACAAGAACCAAAGAUCCUCUACAGCCACAGAGACACCAUAUCAGAAGCAGACAUCCAGAAUGCGUUACCAGGGCAACAGAUUGCAACCAACCUGGACACUGUCCUCUCAUUAGACAUCCAUCAUAGAGAGAGGAUGAUGUUCUGGAUUGAUCGGAGUACCAACAGGAUUGAAAGGAUGCCGCUUGAUGGUGGAGAGAUUCAACAUAUAGUAUCCAGACAUAUGCACACGCCAGAGAGCCUAGCUGUAGACUGGGUUCAUAAUAAGAUCUACUGGACUGACUACAGACUCAAACAGAUUGAGAGAUGUGAUCUAAACGGUUCAAACAGGGAGGUCGUCUUCAGUACCGGUAAAAGAAGACCAAGAGCCAUUGCCUUAGACCCGUUCGAAGGCUUUAUAUUCUGGAGUGCAUCAGGUAAAGCAGACAAGUUAGAGAGGAUAUCGACCAAUGGCAAGCACACCAAGCGAGUGUCUAAGAAUGAUCUGAAGGUGAUCCGUAAUCUCGCUGUGGAUGUGAUCGAUAAGAGAGUCUUCUGGUUGGACAUUGGGAAACGAAGGAUAGAAUCAGUUAACUAUUUAGGCAAGAAGAGAAACACAAUCAUGGAGAAAAUCAGCCCUAAUGCAUUUGGUUUAGCAAUUUUUGAGCAGAAGGUAUACUGGGCAGACUCUGUAGAAAGCAGUAUUCACAGCAUCGUGAAGUAUGGAGAUAAAGAGUCGAGAGUGGAUUGGAGUAUCUUCAUUGAGAGCAGUCCUAAAGCUGUGUGUAUCAACCAUCCGUCUACACAACCAUCGUAUGAUGUAGCAGGUUCAUUCAACUGUAGCACACACAGUGACUGUCAGAUUGACCUCCCUGACCUGACUCCUGACCCCUCACGCUCCUACCUCAUCUAUGCCAACACCACCAGCAUCCACCGCAUCUAUGCAGAUGGGUCUGGUCACAUGACCAUCGCCAAGGCCGGUCUUAACAACAUCUCCACCAUUGAGUUUGACCCCCUGGAGAAGAUGGUCUACUUUGCAGAUCAUGGGAGGGGUGUGAUAGAGAGGGUCGGUACCGAUGGGCGUGGCCUGGAGGUGGUGUCGACGAGGGGCGUGGACUCGGUGGAGGGCUUGGCUAUUGAUUGGAUGCAUAGGAGACUGUAUUGGGUUGAUUCUGUUGGGAGCUACAUAGCUACUCAGAGCCUUUACCCGGGUAGCAGACACACUGUACUCAUGUCAGAGUUGGAUGAACCACAUGGUAUCGCUGUUCACCCUGCUUUGAACAUCAUUUACUGGAGUUCAUGGGGGGAAUCCCCUAAGAUCGAGGCUGCAAGGCAUGAUGGGAGUAACAGGGUGACGGUAGCAGCCUCCCCUGUACGUCCUACCAAGCUAGCCAUAGACUACACACAUAACAAGGUUCUAUGGAUUGAUGCUGGUCUCAAUACUAUCAAUGAAGCUGACUUGGAUGGGACUAACCAUAGGGUCAUCAAUAGAGGGGAACUUCAGCACCCAUUUGGUCUAGCCCUGUACGGUGGGCUGAUGUGGUCUACAGACUCUGAACAACGGGAGGUCUUAGCCCUGGAUCGGAACAACGGAGAGAAACGGGUCGCAUUCAGUGGAGAUUGGAUCAUACCUGUAGAUGUUCAUUUGAUUCAUAGUGGCAGAAGAGUUAUUGGAGAUAUUGAUCCAUGUCAAGUGUUCAAUGGAGGCUGUGAGCAGAUCUGUAUCUAUGCACAUACCAAUCAAGCUAUCUGUAACUGUGAGACAGGGUAUCAUCUAAGGAGAGAUAGGAUAUCAUGUGAACCAGACGAGUGUCACCUAGGCCUUCAUAACUGUAACCCGAAUGCUCUUUGUACCAACACACCUGACGGAUACCAAUGCACCUGUAAAGAGGGAUUCUUAGGGGACGGAUUCUCCUGUAUAGGUUCUACCACACCCCCUCAGAGACUAAUCGCUCCUCCUGAAGUCAUCAUCAUCCGACCCCAACCUCCAUCAUCAUCAUCUUCUCCAUCACCAACGGUAACCAACAAAGAUGAAGUUACGGUAGAAAUUACCAACCUAGCAACCAUCACUGCCAUCACUACCUCAAUCUUCACCACCUCACCAUCAUCCAGUGAAACACCGAGGAGCAACCCUUCAUCACCAACCACCCCCACACCAACCGAGCUUCCAUCCACCGAUACGAUUACCACGGAAACAGCCAACGAUUCAUCCAGAGCAAUGACUUUCUUGUUGUACCCUAUCCGGAGCACCUUGACCCCGCCCACGGUCAAACAGGAAUCCACCUUCACCCCUACCAAGAAUCCUAGAUCCAAAGGAGGGCAUCUUGGAGGCGGUGGUGGUGAGGCUGGGGUCACGCCCAAGAGACCCUCUGGUCACUUUGCAGUCUGUCCUCUCACCCACAAGUAUUACUGUCUCAAUGGAGGCAAGUGUACCUUCCUCAAGGCGGUGGAAACACCAUCAUGCGAAUGUCAAACUGGAUUUGCUGGUCAGCGUUGUGAGUUUGCAGAAAAGCAUAUAACAAAAGGAGUUAAUAUGCAAAAAGUUACGGCAGUUUCAGCAGGAGUCUUAGCGCCUCUUUUUUUAGUACUGGUCAUAUCAACACUCCUUUGUUAUUGGAAACGAGCGAGAUCAAAAGCCAGGAGUCAAGCAUACAACAUUGACUUUGUGAUGAGUGCACCGCCGCCAAGAGGCAACGGAUCACUCCCUAAGAAGACCAAUAUGAACGCAACUCUGGAGAGACUAGACAAGAACCAUGGUCCUCUCAUACCUACUAUGUCACAGGGUUCCACACAGUCAGAGCCACCCACCAGAUCACCACCCAAGCCACCAACCAGUCCACUCCAGAACUGUUACUCCGACCCUUCCAACCUGAUCCUUCCCGGUGCUACCCUCCAGGCCAUACCCAACACACACCACUACUACAAGGUACCCCGGAGCGGUGCGCCUGCUCCUAAACCCAAACCAAGCCUCAAACCCAAUAACCUUCAGCUCUCCGUUGAGAAUGCCCUACAGGCGCAGACCAAAUCGAGCAUCGGGCGCAACAAGUUUCAGUCCGUGGAGAAGAACAAGUCAAAGACACUCGAUACGGCGUACCUGACACCGAAGGAGAUCAUGUCUGAGGAACCAGAGACUCAGAGAGUAUCAGCUUACAUUGAUGUCAAUGACUCGAGGAGCUUCCUCCCCGCUAAGACGUUUCUAAGCAUCAAGAACAAGCUCAGCAGGAGGAUUGAGAACGUUUAUGUGAACAUGCCCAAAACGUCGACGGGAAACAACGUCAAAUGAUGUCAGACGAAUGACCCUGAGGCUAGUCUGAUCAUCUUUGAGACACUAUUUCCUGCAGUGUGAAAAAAGAGAUAUACCGAGCAAUGAAAUGGAACUGUGAGAAAAGGCAUGUUCGUGUGAUAGACAAACCAAAUGUGUUCCGACUCGUUGAGUUGACGUUUGAACAUAUCUAGAGCUAUUGGACAGAUUGAACACUGAAUAUGAACAAUGUGAAAGAUGAAAUACUUGAGGUUGAUCGUAUGUGCAGGAGAAAGUCAAAUAUCUCUUUGUACAAAUAGAGAGACAGAGAGAAGAACAGCUUGGAGCUGGGAAGUGCUAGAUAUGCCACUAUAUCAUUACAUAAUAAUUGAGAUAGUUGGCAUUGCUAAUCACUGGUUCAUAUGAACUUAUAAGUAAAAUUAAUCCAUUUUUAUAUAGGUGUAAGAAAACACUUUCCCUUCUAAUAUCCUUGUCCUACAAAUCUCUCUCACAUCAAAUUAGGAUCCAUGGUCAAAUGAGAGUGUCUGUAAAUUGGAAUACAUGUAUCUUUUUUAAAUUUGUUUCUUCUCCUUAGUACAGUGUACUUCAUGAUCAGAAAAUUUGAGGUCAAGUGCUCACCGUGAUGACAUAUUGACUAUGUUGUUCACCAAUGAAUGAGGUAUUGUUUGUGAUUGCUCUUUCUGGUGCUAAUGGUUAGAAUUUAAAUAUGAUAUACAUGAACAUGCAGCAGACAGUCUUUGAAGUAUGUAAUUUACUGAGACAGCUAGAUUAUGCUGUGAGACAGGGAUGCCAGUUAGAAUUGAUCAGAGGGCCUGAAAAUCACCUAGAAUGAGCUAUUUUGUACACAAAAAAGCCUUAACUAUGGCCUGAAAAUAACUCACCAGGGCCUGAAUUCAGGCUUUUGCCUGAAAACUGACAUCCCUGUUUGAGAGCUAGGCAUUGGCAAUAUCUGAAUCAUGCUGUUCCUUCUUCUUCUUCUUCUUCUGGUAAUCUUCAAAGGGCUAUGCAGCCUAUCAUGAAGAUGAGUUAAAGAUUAUAAGUGGUGUGAGGAAGACAACUUUGUUUUAUUGGGAUAACGACAUUGGAUGCCUCAGGAGUAGUCUCUGGAAGUUUUCUGGACUGUCAGAUCAGUGUGCACUACAUUUGCUUCAUACCUUCUGGUUGGUCAGGAUAACUGCAACGGCAUCCUGCACUGUCUUAAAUUUUGUUAGAGUUUGUGAAGGUAGUACAGUCAAACCUGCUUUAGUGACCACCUGUCUAUAAAGACCACAUGUUUUGUUUC